UUCAUUCCAUCAACGCCAGGCUGGUUGUAAAAUACUUGGGAAAUCCUGACAAAUCCUUCUGAACGUUGAGACGUGGAGCCUGAAGCUGGUGCCAUGACCCCUUUGAAGCCGGUGGUUGAAGUGGUGAACCUGGGGAGGAUUUCUUACGGGAACGCACUGCAAGCUCAGCGGAGGUACAUCCGGCGCCACAUCGACUCCCUGUCGCAGCCGCCGGCCGCUGAACCGGCAGUGAACGCGCUGCUCCUGUGUGAGCAUCCUCCUGUCUACACUGUCGGCAUAAGGACGGCGCAGUACCCGGUGGAGGAGGAGGAGAGGCUAAACGGGCUGGGGGCCGAGUUCCACCGGGCGGACCGAGGAGGGCUGAUCACCUUCCACGGCCCCGGGCAGCUGGUGUGCUACCCCAUCCUCAACCUGGCCCACUUCAGGAAGAGCGUGCGCUGGUACGUGGCGGAGCUGGAGACCACCACCGUCCGGCUCUGCCGCAAGUUCGGGAUUCAAGCAGACACCUCGCCAGACACCGGCGUCUGGCUGGCAAGCAACAAAAUCUGUGCCAUCGGAAUCCACUGCGGCAGAUACAUCACCUCUCACGGGUUAGCGCUGAACUGCAACACUGAUCUGCACUGGUUCUCUCACAUCACACCCUGUGGCCUCAAGGGCAAAGGGGUGACGUCCCUGACUCAAGUACUCGGCAGAGAAGUGACCGUCUCCGAGGCUGUGGAACUCUUCCUUGAAACAUUUGCCGCACAGUUUAACUGUACGCUGAGGUGUUAGGAACUCUCCAUCCCCACAGAUCACCCAGCCAACUGAAGAGGUUUUCAGAUGUCGGAUGUUUGCAAGGCAAUUAUGUGAGCAAUUUUGAGCCCCAUAUCUGAGGAAGGAUGUGAUGGCGCUGGAGAGGGUCCAGAGGAGGUUGACAAGAAUGGUCCCA